AUGAGACAAGCUCUGUGCACGGUUGUCGGCAUUUAUUCGUGUUCAUUUUUCGCCGUUCAAGCUGAACGAGUUCAGUGCGGUGGUGUGAUAGCAUUCGAAGCAAGACGACAUGUGGAAGCAUAUGUAUGUCCGACAAAAUUUCAUCGUGAAACAGAGAAUCGAUGCUGCAAUCCACCUAAAUUUAAUUGUUGUCGUGAACCAACAUUUUUCGAAAAUCACUUGACGACGAUCCUAUCCACUGUAUUAAUUGUUAGUUUUGCCUUACUAACAACAUUUAUCACAAUCUGCCUUUGUUGGGAGAAAUGUCUGCUGCACAAAAUUAUCCGAAGGAAACCAACGGUUGAUUAUAUCGCUCGACCGGAAGAAACGGAAUAUCUAAAUGGUUUGAGCUUGCCAAACGAGUACUGCAGUGAAAGGCAUGCCUAUGAAGUGAAUGCAGAUAUCGUCUAUCGACCUAACAAAGAUCCCUUAUGA